AUGGGUUCAGCUAGUAGGGCGUCAUUUUUAAAGGGUAUGGUGCAUGGGAGCGUUUCCUGAGUUUUGAUAAAUAUCCCGAGCACCAUUACCGUCGCCCACCUAACAGGAAACAUUUCACAAGUGACGCGCGUGGAGCCCAGUAAAAGUAUCCGUGUGUUCUGUGUCACCUCUGGAGAAUGCGAGGAUGAGGGAGAAAGAAAUGACAGGUGGAGACAGAUGGGGAGAGCUUACUAAUAAGUCUUUGAAACGCACGGUGACCACUGCAGUCGGUUCUUUUUUGCACUUCCCACUACAUUUGCUGUCACUGAAACUUUAAAGUGCCUUUGUACAAGCGACGCAUCCCAACCUUUCUACCUGGGCCACACUGUUCUGUCUGGAGACGUCGAAUACGUGACUGUGGAAGGAAGAAAUUGUCUGAAGUGUACGAUGAAAAGACAUAACGGACUUCUCUGAAACUCGAAAAAAUGUGCAGAGCAAAGUGUGAAUUGGAAGUUAAAGAAAUCAGCGCUGGCAGUCUGCCUGAAAUACGUAGGAGUUCUUGAAGAAAAUGCAGAGGAUUACAAGGGAAGAGAUGUAUUUAAUAGACCAAUUGUUCAUCUUAUUCGAGUGGCAAUGUCUAAUAACCCUCAGCGAGUGGUAGAAGGCUGCUGUCCAGAUACGGCUGCUACUUCUAAUGGACUGACUCCCCCAGAGAGGAAAGUGACACACUGGUUUUCUUGUCACCACAUGGUUCAGAAAAUGACUGAGGGCUGGGGAAGAGUAGAACUGUGCUGUCCAAGAGCACUUGAAAUGUGGCUAGUACAAAAUUAA